AAAAACAGUAAAGUAUAGUAUAUUUUGUAUUAAACAAAAUAUCACUGUUCGUUAAUUGAUUCUGAAUCACGUAUCCUGGUUCAUAUCAUACCACCAAGCCCCUAUAAAUUUUUGUUUGUUUUUAUAGACCAAUAUAAUAAAGUUCUUUAAAUUGGGCGUAGCAGGCUGGAUCCACCUUAAUUAAUAUGGCUGCCGAAAUAAAACCAGCGCAGCGAACAAACAAUGAUCGCUUUAACACGUCAAAAAAGCCGGAAUUGCUGAGUAAGCUGGAAGGCAGCAGCGACGAUGUUAACGCAGCCAUCUUAAUUCCUGGCGAAAACGGCGUAAUUAGUGUUUCAGAUGACAAAACCGUUCGUGUUUGGCUAAAACGCGAUUCCGGCCAAUAUUGGCCUAGCAUUUGUCAGUAUAUGCCUUCAGGAUGCACGGCUAUCGAGUACGUUCCUGAAUCUCGGCAUUUGUACGUUGGCCAGGAAAAUGGAACCGUUACACAGUAUGCUUUAUCCGAAGACUGUAAUCGCCUAUCCUUUUUACGGGACUAUUUGUCCCAUCAAGCCAGAGUUGUGGCCGUGGUCUUCUCAAAAACCCACAAGUGGAUUCUUUCCGCCGGAAAAGAUAAGCAGUUCGCCUAUCAUUGCACGGAAAGCGGCAAAAGAGUGGGCGGAUACAACUUUGAGACUCCAUGCACUGCUCUCCAGUUUGAUGCAUUAGCCAAGUAUGCCUUCGUUGGCGACCACGCUGGUCAAAUAACAAUGCUGAGGUGCGACGUUCAAGGGGUUCAACUGAUUACCACUUUCAAAGGACACACAGCGGAAAUUCGCUGCUUGAGAUGGGUUGAAGGGCCUCAACUUUUAUUUAGCGGCGCCUGCGAUCAGUCGGUAAUUGUUUGGGAUGUCGGUGGAAAACGUGGCACUAUAUACGAACUGCAGGGACACAGCAACAAAGUUUCUGCCUUGUCGUACGCAAAUCAAACCCAACAACUGAUAAGCUGCGGCGAAGACUCCGUAGUUGUUUUCUGGGAAAUGAAUGCAAUGCGAAAAGAAGUUCCUGGCUGGGUGGAGUCAAACAACUGCCAGCUUUGCUCGCGGCCCUUCUUCUGGAACUUCCGCUCCAUGAUGGAUCAAAAGCAGCUGGGAAUCCGACAACAUCAUUGUCGCCACUGCGGCAAAGCCGUCUGUGACAAUUGUUCAACCAAUCGUAUUAACAUACCCAUUAUGGGCUUCGAGUUUGAUGUUCGUACCUGUGAUCCAUGCUACAAACAACUUCAGACCGUCGAGCGCCCAUCGCUGGCCUCAUUUAAUGACGCAAAGCACUCUAUUGUCUACAUGGACCUUGACGAGGACAGGAAGCGCCUAUUGACUGUUGGUCAGGAUAGGCUUAUCAAGAUCUGGGAUCUUUCCAACAUCUGGGCCUAAAAACAUGUACGCACAUGCAUUAAAUCCAAGGUAUACCAAAGGUAUAAUCAUUCACGAGGCGUUCCGAUCUGAACUGGAAUACGCAAUAGAGGAACAAUGUGGCUAGCUCCAGCUAGGUUCUCAUAUAUUCGAUGUAAAGCAAUAAUCAUUGUAUGUACGUAUGCUUACAUUAAACACAUAAAUACAAGAUUCCAUCGAUAAA